GAAGGCAGUAUGUUGAGUGGUGUGGAGUAUAAAAGCAGCUUCUUCAGUUUGCUCUAGCAUGAGCCACCCUUUCCUUCAACACACAGUCUAAUUGUAAAAUCCAGCAUUUACAAUUUCCAGCUUCAAAAUGGCGUCAAAGAAAGUGUUGAUUGUGUAUGCACACCAGAGCUCUGGCUCCUUCAACUCUGCAGCCAAAGACGCUGCGGUGGAAGUUUUAACUGCUAAGGGCUGCACAGUAGAAGUAUCUGACCUGUAUGCCAUGACGUUUAAGGCCACUGCUACAGCUGAGGACAUCACUGGAAAAGUUAAGAAUGCAGAUCACUUCUGUUACGGAGAGGAGACCAAACUGGCAUGGGAGGCGGGAAAGCUUACUGCUGAUAUCACUGAAGAACAACGCAAACUCACUGAGGCCGACCUCGUCAUUUUUCAGUUCCCCAUGUACUGGUUCACUGUUCCUGCCAUCAUGAAGGGCUGGAUGGACCGGGUGCUCACACUGGGCUUUGCCUUCACCCACGAGAAGCGCUAUAGCCAGGGAAUCUUCAAGGACAAGAAGGCCAUGCUCUCCUUCACCACUGGGUCUCAGGAGUCCAUGUUCAGUGCAUAUGGCAUUAAUGGAGACAUGAAUGUCACUCUUUGGCCACUGCAGAAUGGCAUCCUGCACUACUGUGGCUUCCAGGUUCUGGCUCCUCAGAUCUUCUGGGCCCCCUCUCACGUUCCCUCUGAGGCACGCGGUACAAUGCUGGAGGGCUGGCGCACACGCAUGCAAGGCCUCCUGGGAGAAAACCCACUUGCUUUCACUCCCUUGGACUGCUUUGAUGGGGAGAAGGGGUACCAGCUGAAGCCUGAGGUCCAUGAGCAACAUGCCGCCAAGGAGUUUGGACUGACCGUAGGGAUCCACCUGGGCAAGGCCCUGCCACCCAACAACCAGAUGAAAGCUGGAGUCUGAAGAAUGAAUGACUGUUGUUGGUUUUUUAUGAUCAUAAAUAAAAGAUGGUUAAUAUA